UUUCAUCUUCUCCUCCUCACCCUUUUUCUUCCCUCUUCUUUCUGUUGUUUGAGAAAGAGGGAAAGGUUCAUUGCUGAGUAGUUCAAACAAGAUGUAGUUUUGUGGUGAAUUUUAGCUGUGCCUUUUUUUUGCAUUUCUCUUAACUCAAGCUGAAGCAGAGAGGUAUGGUUGUUAACACAAGAUAGUUAUAUUAUUUAUCAUUGUCUUCAAAAUUUUUAAUGUAUGUCCUCUCACGAAUCCUUAACAGGUUGGGUUAAUCGCUUUGCCAAUGCUGGUGAUGCUGCUGCUGAAAUUGCAGAAACAACAGCUCUACGAUUGAGACAAGCUAAGACAGAGAUAGUAUCAGCCAGCAAAGUGGCAUAUCGUUUCCUUGUAGGUGUUACCUCUGGUGCUAAUGGAGCAACUCCUGACUCUCCUGGUGGUUCAAACAGAGGUUCCCCCAGAUUUCAAGCAACUUGGUUUAAAAACCUCAUCACCAAUGGUGCCAAACCAUCCAGCAGUUCUGGAAUAGAUAAUCAGGAUGAUAAUGUGAAUCAGCAGCAACGGCAGCAGGGUGUAUCUUUAACACGGCCCUUGAGACAGAAUUCACUGGACUGAGAAAGACAGUAUGACAGGAGACAUGACAUGUGAUGAAAUGUUUCUGGAAAGCAUCUUUGUUUUGUGUACCGGUUGGACCUUGGAAAGCCAAUUAAGAAGUUCACGUCUAUUUUUCAUCAAAAAAAAAAAAAAAGAGUUCACCUCACGUCUAUCAUUUGUUGCCCCCAAGUGAAAUUUGUUCAAACUUCAAAUGAUGCCCUGGGGGAGUGAACUAAAACUGUAAAGCUCGUCAAUCUAACAAUGCUUUUUCAUGUGGUAUUUCAUUUCUCCGGAAUUUUGGAAGGUUCCUGGGCAAAACGUUGUUUUGUAUAUGUAGGUGUCGAGAACAUGGAUUGGUGAUGGUACAACGCGGGAGCAUCUUCAUUGGAAGGAAUUUGUCCAAGUCUAAAGUGAUUCUAAACCUUUGGAAGUUGCUUGUACAUUAUGCAAAGAAGGCAGGAUGAAGCAUAGAAAUGAUGCUCAGGUAGUGCAACGGGUGGUGGUGGUUGUGUUGGGUAUGAAUAUGCUUGUGGAAAAUAGAGGUUGGGUAGUUGAAGUGGAUUCCGGAUAAUGUUAAGUUUUAUUUAUGUUAAUUUUGUAUUUUGUGAGUGGUAAUGGCUGUGUUAGUUGCACUUUUGGUAUGUCAUUUUGCAACACAUGAUCACAUCCUGAUUCCUUUUUCUUUAGAAUCAAAAACAGCGCACUGC